UGUCCAUGCUAGUCUGACAGUUGCGAGUGUGUGACCGCUGUGAUGGAAAAUCAUCAUUCGUGACUUUUGACCGUCGGUGCUGCUGUAAAUGUAGCACCGCAUUAAAACAAAGGGUUUGGGGGACAUUUUAACUUUUAAAAAAUGGCUCGGGUCGUGAAAGUGUUUCGGACUCUGCGGAAUCACUGGAAGAAGUCCACAUUUGCUGUGUGUGUCCUGUCUUACGGUAGCUACUGGCUAUAUGGUAAACACUGUGACAGCGUUCUGAGGAGAGAAGCUUGUCUAUUGGCCAGGGAAUUUGGGCGUCAACAGAUAGCACCACAGGAGCGGCUGAGGAAAGCCACAGUGAUCCUGAACCCUGCAGCUUGUAAUGGGAAAGCCAACAACCUGUUUGAAAAGAAUGCAGCUCCUAUUUUACACCUGGCUGGUGUGGAGAUUACAGUCGUAAAGACGGACUAUGAAGGCCAGGCUAAAAAGCUGAUGGAGCUCAUGGAACAGACGGACAUGCUGAUCGUGGCUGGAGGCGAUGGCACCUUGCAGGAAGUCAUCACAGGGUUACUACGAAGGCCAGAUCAAGAGAGAUUCAGCAACACCCCGAUUGGAUUCAUUCCUUUGGGUUCUCACAAUUCCCUGAGUCCAAGUCUCCACCUCCUCAGUGACAACAAGGUCAAAGAUAUUACAUCUGCAACGCUGUCUAUUCUCAAGGGAGAGACUGUACCUUUGGAUGUUCUACAAAUUAAAGGGGAGAAGGAGCAGCCAGUCUUUGCUCUGAUGGGACUGCGUUGGGGAGCCUUUAGAGAUGUGGCUGCAACAAUCAGCAAAUAUUGGUACCUGGGUCCACUGAAGACAAAUGCAGCACAUUGGUUUAGUACUCUGAGGGAGUGGCCCCUUGUACGGGACGUCACAGUGUCCUACUUGGCUCCCAGCCUUCGGCCCCCUGACUUGCCCCCACAGAAGCCCCCCAGGCCAAAUCUGGUCUACCGCAUCAUCCGCAGACUGAAAAACUACUGGAGCCCACCUGUUGAAGAGCCUCCAAAAGUGGAAGAGCCGGAGAAGUGGGAGGAGCAGCAGCUGUCGACGUUUGAGCUGUUUAUCCAGACACACAACAAAAACCCUGUGGAGAGGCGCAUAAAUGACUCCCUGAUGAUCUGUGCAGAGCCCAGAGACUUCACUGUGGGCGAGUUCAUCACUAUCGGAAAUAAAAAAGAAGAGGACCCAACUGUGUUCACUAAAAACUCCACAAAACUGGAAGCCAGCGCUUGCCAGCUGCAGCUGCCAGAGGGCGCCGGUGGCUUCUACAACAUCGACAACGAGGAGUAUGAGGCCAUGCCUGUGGAGGUAAGGCUGUUGCCACGGAAACUACGCUUCUUCAUCAGUGCAGAGCGCAGGGAGCAGCUCCUCUCACAGAUACAGUGAUGAGAACAAAUAAAACCAGAAAGACGACAAGAACAGCGGGACAAAAACUGAUUUCAAGAACCAAACAAAACCAGAUGCCAUGAAAUUCUUCAGUUAACUCUGAAAACAGAUUUCUUUCUUCUUUGUAAUCGGAACACAGAGGUGAUGGUUUGAAGAGUCUGUUUUACUACAUCUUAAUGUAAAAGAUUCAGCUAGAGUUUUUUGUAUCAAUUAUGAAGAGGAUAACAUCACAGGCUAUAGAAGGACCAAGGCUUUAUUUCUCCGAGCUUGUAACCCGCGUACAAGUUGUCUUACAAAAGUACUUUAUGUUUGAAUUGUUUAUUAUUGCCAUCAUGUCUGAACUGGGUCAAUAAAUAUUAUGUCUGUCCAAUUCAACGCAAAGUGUUGUUAUACCAGUAUGACCAUUAGUAUGUA